AUGAGGUCUGCUGCUCUGUUCCUGCUGAUGCUCUGCAGCUCCGUUGGCGAAGGCCGAGCCGAGAUCUCUGCUCCCGCAGAUGAUGGCACCAGGACCGAAGCACGUCCCCCCAGAGACCUGAGCGUCCUCUGGGAAGAGGUGCAGGGCCUGAAGCAGCUGGUCCUCAGUCUGAAGGGGGAGCAAGUGGAGCAACGACAAGAACUCCGGACUGUGGAGAGUCGGCUGAGGGACGGGGAGAUGGAGGCAAAGCUGCAGAAGCAGAGCAUGGAUGAACUGCAGAUGGCGCUAGAUCUCCUGCUGACAGAGCAGACUUCUGGUCUGAGGAAGAAGGAGGCAGAGCUGGAAGAGCAGACCAAAGCUGAGAUAUCAGAGCUUCAGUCCAGAAUGAGCCGCAGUGAGAACUCAGUGGAGAUCCUGGAGAAGAAAAACUCCGCUGUUGCGGCUGAGCUGCCGUUCCUGCAGACCAGACUGAGGGCCAGUGAGAGCAGAGUGGAGCAGCUGAGGAGGAAGGACGCAGUUCUGACAGGCAGACUGUGCAACACGGAGAGUCUGAUGGAGGAGCUGAUGGGGCAGAUCUCAGAAAUCCAGGCCUGCAACACUUCAGCUGGGAUGGAGUCUGAAGUUCUGGUGCUGGACAGUCACCUGAACAUCCAGCUGGACGCGCUGAAGGCCGACAUUGAAGGUCAGAUUCAUGAGUUGGAAAACAAAGUGACGUCCAGUCGCCUGCGUCUGGACGACCUGAGAGCUGCUGCUGAGCAUCGCCUGAACGCAGCCCAGAGACAACAGGAUGAACUCAGGAACCACAACACAGAGUUGGUGAGGAGACUGGAAUCCAGUGAAAAACAGCUGGAAGAUCUGAAGACAUUGAGCACAUUCAUGGAGACCAGACUGGGAUCUACUGAGGAACAACUGGACCAGUUAAAGAACCAGUCUGCAGUUCUGGAGGUCAGACUGAGCGUCAGUGAGAGACGGCUGGAGGAGCAGGAAACACGGAGAUCAGCUGACAUCCUGGUCCAACUGGACUCCACUGAGGCUCAGCUGGUCCAGUUGAAGAACCACACAUCAGUUCUGGAGUUCAGACUGAGAGUCAGUGAGAAGAACCUGGAAGACCUGAAGACGGAAAACUCAGAGCUGGAGAAACGACUGAGGAUCAGAGAAACACAGCUGGACGACCAGAAGACAACAAGCACAAUCAUGGAGACCAGGCUGGGAUCUACUGAGGAACAACUGGACCAGUUAAAGAACCAGUCUGCAGUUCUGGAGGUCAGACUGAGCGUCAGUGAGAGACGGCUGGAGGAGCAGGAAACACGGAGAUCAGAACUGGAGAGCAGACUGAGAUCUAGAGGAAAACAACUGGAGGACCAGAAGACAACAAUCACAGAACUGGAGACCAGACUGGGAUCUACUGAGGGACAACUGGACCAGUUAAAGGACCAGUCUGCAGACAUGGAGAUUCGACUCGGAUCAACUGAGGGAAAACUGGAGCAGCUGGAGAACCACACAGCAGUUCAGUUCUCCCAGAUGGAGUCCAGACUAACUGAUGGAUUGAACAGAGCAGCAGGGUUGAUGAGGCGAAUCGAUGAAAAACAACUGGAAGAUCUGAAGUUCAGUAACUCGAUCAUGGAGACCAGACUGGGAUCUACGGAGGAACAACUGGACCAGUUAAAGAACCAGUCUGCAGUUCUGGAGGUCAGACUGAGCGUCAGUGAGAGACGGCUGGAGGAGCAGGAAACACGGAGAUCAGAGUUGGUGAACAGCCUGAGAUCCAGAGGAAAACAGCUGGAAGAUCUGAAGAUGUUAGACACACACAUGGAGACCAGACUGGGAUCUACUGAGGAACAACUGGACCAGUUAAAGAACCAGUCUGCAGUUCAGUUCUCCUGGAUGGAGUCCAGACUGACCAAUGAACAGCGCAGGACUGCAGAGUUUGAAACCCAGCUGUCAGCUGUGACUUUCAGACUGAACGUGACUCAGGAGCUUCUGGAUGAGCUGAAGAAACAAAGUCUAGCUGGAGCAGCUGAACUGGCUUCACUUUCAGAGAGACUGACUGCAGCUCAGGGGAACGCAGAAGAUGAGGUGAAGGUGGCGUUUUCAGCCGGUCUUACUGAUUCAGGAAUAGUCGGUCCAUUUGAUGAAGAAACGACUCUGAUCUUCUCCAAAACCAUCACCAACGUGGGCCGAGGCUACAACAACUCUGCAGGUGUUUUCACCGCUCCAGUCACAGGACUUUAUUUCUUCAGCUUCACGGCCGCAGAUUACCUGAAGGGUUACAUGGGCCUGUACCUUUACAGGAACGAGCAGCCAGUCACCUUCAGCCUGGACCUGAAUGACCAUGGAGGAUACACCUCCAUGACCAGUGCAGUGGCCCUGCAGCUGGACCGGGGCGAUCGGGUCCGUCUCGCUCUGCCAGCCAGCUAUCGGCUCUAUGACGACUCCAGAAACUUCAGCGUGUUCUCAGGUUUCCUGCUGUUCCCGGUCUGACCCGUCCAGCUGGUCAGGAGCAACAUGGAGUCUUCAUUCAGGCUGAAAUAAAAGUUGAUUUCUUUGGUCAGUGGAAAGGAUUCCAUGGUUCCAUUUUGAACAAACUCAACUCUCACCAGGCAGAUGAUCCACAUCUACAUUAUGACUCUAAACCAGGGUGUUCUAGUCGACCUCUAGUCGACAUCCUGCAACUUCAAGAAGCAUCUUUACUCCAACAGACCAGGAUCAACUCUGAACAGACCUGCAAACGAUCCAUUCAUUUCAUUCAGGUGUGCUGGAGCAGGGACGCAUCUGAACACUGCAGGACGGUAGCACUCAAGGAUUGGACUAGACGACCCCUCAAAGCCCAUCGAGCACUGAACACAUGCUUGGAACAAAUCAAUGGUUUGUUUUUCUUCCUUAAUAAUAAACACCUUCA